CAAGAAUGUAAGACACACUUGCACAAUGAGGGUCCUGUACCUGGUGCUUAUUUCUCAAGUCAGUGCGCAACUUCAGUGUGAAAAAUCCAUUAUCCGCGCCACAGUCGGAGGAAGGUUUAAUGUCGCCUGCACAUACAACACGAACAAGUUCCGCUUCAGUAAGAAGUACUGGUGUUUUGGGGAGUCUAGAAACUAUUGUGAGACUGUGAUGGAUACAGACGGCUUCACCAAAGCUGAGCUCAAGAAUCGGGCUCAGAUCACUGAUGCAGUGUACAGAGGCCUGCAAAUUCUGAUGACCAGACUGCAGCUGAGGGACAGUGGAGUCUACUGGGUUGGAAUUGACAAAAUAUAUGCAGACAUCAUGUUUAAGAUCCAAGUUGAAGUGACAGAAGAAGCUGUUAUCAGGCCAAAGGUGUGGCCUGUGGGUUCCCCUCUGCUCACGUGUGGGGGUCAGCCACUGACGCUGCGCUGCAGGAGUGAGAGAGGCACUAAUGUGCAGUACAGCUGGUACAGAAAAGCCCAUCCUGAAGCUGUGCUCUUACAGACCACCUCCGAUCUCCCCCUGCACUGUGCUUUUCUCACUCAGGAUGGUCAGUUUGUCUGUUCUGCCCAUAACGCAGUGAGCAGAGAGCACAGCAAUGCUGUUUUCGUUCAUGUCCUGCAGCCUGGACACAAGGACUGUGUUUAUUUGCUCACAUCUGAAGGAUUUGAAAGUUAUGACUGUAAGACAACUACAACCCCACGCAUCACAACCACCAUGACCACAGUGGAAGUCUUCAGCUCAACACUUGUCACUCAGAGCAGUGGAUAUGAAGACCACUCACUCUGUGUCAAUCAAACAUGGAUGGAAGGGGUCUUUUUCAGGUCGUGGUCAGGAGUGCCGCUGUGGUAUGACAUCAUUCGCUGGACUCUCUUCAUGAUUAUGAUGGUCACCACUGGUCUAGUGCACAUGUGCACACGGACCAGAGCCAGCGGACAGAGACUUACUCACAAACACCAAAAACACAUCUGACUGUGGAAAAGACUUUCGUCGUUUUUGACUUUGUGCUUUAGUGUUAUUGUGUCUUUUGCAACAUGGUUUAAUCUGCAGCC